CCUUCUGCUAUAAAGAGGUUAAAUGUAGACAAGAAAUUGAGGGAAAAUUAAAUUUUUUUAUUAAAAAAAAAGAAAUUUAUACAAUGAAUUCUUUAACGAGAAUUUCAAGUAGGAAACUAUGUCGAGAGUUAAUAAGACUGCAAUCAACAACUGCAUCAUCAACCUCGUCCUCGGAUAUUUAUAUUCCAAACAGAAUAGAACGUAGCCCAACAGAUAUUUUAAAAGCUCUUGAGAGUACAAUAUCCAGGGAUUAUACAGCACCACAUUAUAAAUUUCAUGACGAUCCUUACUUGACACCUCUGUCAAAAUCACAGAUUCGCAAUUAUGCUUUAGCAAAAGAGUCUGGAAAGAAAACUGCAAUGUGGAUUCGUGAAGAACAUCAUAAUUUGUUUCAGCACAAAGUAGCAGAUCCUGAAAUCAAGGCAUUUGUACCACCUCCUAUUUAUACGGAAGAGAGUAAAGUAACAGAGGAAACAUUAUUAUAUGAGAUAUCAAAUGCACAUGUUUCCAAUUCUGUUUCGAUAUACAAUUUAUUAAAAGGCGAAGUGACAAUACCAACAAAGCAGGCUCUCCUGGAAUUGUUGUGUUUUUACAAUCAUGAUGAACCUGCUAAUGUUGAAUUACUAGAGUCUCGUUGGUUUCAGCUUAGGGAGAAACGCAUUAAGAAUACAUGGAUAAGUCGUCCCGAAAUCGAUAUAUUGUUCCAAUUUUUAAAGGAACAAGAACCUGCAGUAGCAGCCGCUGCAUACAACGCAAUGAUAUGCGGUUUGGCUAAAUACUACAAUGGAGAUAAGGUAUGGCAUAUGUAUAAAGAAUGUCAAGAAAAUAAUAUACCACUAUGUAUCGAAGCAUAUAAUGGUAUAAUAUCGAUGGUGUCAAUAUUAAGAGAAGGAGAGGAUAAAACAAAAUCAUUAAUAACAGAUAUAUAUAAAGCAAUGGCCACGAACGGAAUUACUCCAAAUAUACAUACAUUUAAUGCUGCUCUUAGCGCGACGUCUAUGUUAAAAAACAAACGAAUAAUUCUCGAUUUGACCUGCAAUAUAUUCGCCGAUAUCGCAAAAUUCAAACUGAAGCCGACAUUAACUACGUAUUAUUAUGUGCUACGAAUUUUAAAUAAAUUCGAUGAUGCGGCCUACACGCCGUUUAUAAAAAUUUUGAAGUCCUUGAAGGAAGAGACUCUUACCAUUCAAAAUGCAAAAGAUUUAUAUUUCUUCUUUGUUGCGAUGGAAAUGGCUUCGAAACAGCUUUGCGAACGUCAAGCAGGCGAAAUGGUUAAUGAGCUUCUUCUCUCUGGUGACAAUUACAAAUUCAUUGGCGAUAGCUACAAAGAAAGUUUAUAUUAUCGAGCGUAUUUAGAAUUAAUUUUGGCGACGGAAGAAUUUGAAACAUUUUACAAAAUCUAUAGCAAACUCGUACCACAUGUGACUAUACCGGAACCCAGUGUAAUGAAAGCUAUGCUAGAAACUCUUCAAUUAUAUCCCGCGGAGACCGCCAUACAAUAUAUACCAAAACUCUGGUCACACAUGAUUAUGUUCAAUCAUCUGGAUACGCAAUAUUUAUUGGAAAGCAUAUUGCAUUUGAUGAGCGUACAUUGUAAACCUGUGUCUGAUUCUUCACUGAAUGCACAAUUUGCAGAGAUUGCACUCAUCAUCUGGGAUCAUAUACAAACUCAAAAUGCUAAAAAAAUACAGCAUAUUAUAAUGUCCAAUACAAUAGUGGGCAAUAUUAUAGUGCUGCUUCUACGCGGAGGUAACUUCGACAAAGUAAAAGAAAUUUUGUCAUUGUUAAUUGAAUCGCCGCAUUUGAUAGUCGGUAUUCUUAUGGAGGAUUAUGUACACGAGAUAUUCGAGCUGUGUUUAGCGCAAGCGCAUACACCGAUAAUUUUCAGUCUCUUAGAAUAUAUUACCUCUAACCAUCUAGAAGGAGCCGGUGAAAUGGCUAGAAAGUUGGAAAAAACUAUAUCUCUUACGCCCACUCAGAAAGACAUGUUAAUUAACUUAGUUGGUAACGACAUCCUCGAAUUACAGCUCUCCAACGAAUUAAAUGAAGCCAAAUGAAGUAUAAAGUACACUUGGUCCUUGAUUGCAAUUUUGUAGUUAAUACAAUGAUAGCACAGUGUAAAAAUGAGCAGAGAAAUACACAUUUCAGACAUUAAAAAUUAUAACAUAAAAAAAUAUCCAUAAUAUAAAUA